AUGGGAGUGCUCAUGUCCAAGAAGCAGCAGGUGGAGAAGGUACAGAAAUGCAACGCCGUGGUCUCCGCCUUCCAAGCAGGCAUCAAGGACCGCCCACCUGCACCCAAACCGACAGAGGCACCAGAAGAGGGCGACAAAACCCAACAGACUCAAGCUAACAACUCGGGAGAGGAGAAGAAGACGGAGGAGCAUGCGGAGCAGCAGGAGGCGGACCAGAGCGCGGCACCAUCCACGUCUCAGCAGUGCUCACUUCCUGGUCGGGAGGAGUGCAAAGUCAACCAGGAGGCGUGGUCAAGGCUACGGGACGGAAAGGGGGUGGAGCCAGAGGAUUUGGACAAGAGCCAUCAGCUGACACCGCCGGCGUUCGUGAGGCCCAAGAGAGAAGCGGACGAUGAUCAGCCCGUGGAGAUCGAGCUGGGGAUAAGAGAACAGCCCUCCAGUGAGGAGAUGUGUGACGUGUGCGAGGUGUGGACGGCCGAUGACUUAUACCCCUGCCGGAUCUGCACCAGAGUCUUCCAUGAUGGCUGCCUCCGCGAGCUGGGCUAUCUGAGCACAGAGGCCCUGCAGGAGAUGAGAGACACAGCCCACACGGUGACGGGCUGGAGCUGCUACUACUGUGACAAUCUGAAUCUGCUGUUGACCGAGGAGGAGAUGUACAGCCUCAUGGAGACCUUCAAGCAGUGCAAGAUCAUCCCAGAGUCGUGCCUGGUGUCAGAUGAGCUCCUGCAGUACCGUCACUUCGUCUCUAAGCAGCAGUUUGACAAGGACCUGACAGACGAGCAGGAGGAGGAGGUGCUGGCACAGUUCUCCGCUCUGGACCCAGAAAAGAAGGGACACAUCGAGUGGUCUGACUUCCUCUACUUCGAGUCCCUGGCCGUGCUGAGGAAACUGCGCACAGAGAACUCCCUGGUGCGCCUGCUGACGGGGAAGGAGAGGGACAAGGCUCGCUCGGUGUUCCAGAGUCUGGACCUGGACAAAGAUGGAGUGAUCACCAGAGCUGAGUGUCGUCAGGCCCAGCAGUCCUGGUUCCAGAAGGGCACCAAGGACUCGCAAUCCUGCAACGUCAGUUCUAUCAGUCAUGUUGGACCCAUUUGUGAGAGCAGUCCGGCCAGUUCGGGCAGUGACAGGAGCAAGACGGAUGACAGCAGGCCUGUAACCUGGGCAGACUUCCUGAAGGACAGCGCCAUCUACAUUCUGGCGGCGCGCCCGAACAGCUCCGCCAUGCACAUCCGGAUGCCUCUAUAGUCCUCGGGCCUCUAUAGAAC